GUACAGACUAUGCCCAAUGCAACGAUCCCGUGGUUCGACGGGAAUGGGCGCAGAAAUUUUGUGAGGCAUAAGUUGAACGAUCGAGAGUCUCAGGCCACCUUGGAAAAGCAGGUUGAGAACAUCUUCAAAUUCGGAGUCUGCGAGGAGGCACGUGGAGUGCCUAUGGCAACACUAUCGGCUGGCGAUUCUCCCCCUUACAAUCUGUUCACGUUUGGCCACUUGUCGACAGCGUUCUACCUUGCUCUUGAACGCAACCCAAACAAUACGAACGUCAAGGCCGCUUUCAGGAAGGGGCUUUCUCGAGUGAUCGUGUUUCAGUUCUCGACUCCCGACGACGUCGUGUCAUGGGUCAAAACCUUCAUGAACUACACAUUCGGCCAGCAGCAAGUCAUCCAGAUUGUUGAGAUCCUGGAGUGCGUGUUCAAAAUGCAAGCUGAAUGGCGCGCGCACUGCUUCGCGAAUGGGAUCACUUCGCGGGGCCCCGCUACCGAUGACGAGAGCUACCGUCAGAAAGCAUGGGCGUUCGUUUCGGAGCACUUCAAGACGGAGAUCAGGCUCGGCAUGGUCACGUCCUCCACGCAGUUCGAGAGCUACUGCUACAUCGUCAACUGUUUCAGCAAGGACAAGUUCGACAACUGGACUCAAGUGCGCAAGUGGUUCAUGGAUAACGCUGUGUUCGACGAUGGUCAGCUCACGAUGUCCAAGGUCCUCUCAGCGCUACGCAGCAUUGCGUCAUUCGUAACGUCACUCAGCAACGCCAAGAGCGGACUACUUCAAGCUGGCUUGGUCUCUCUGUCGCUGUCUGACUGCCGGAUGGUGCUGGAAGAGAUGUGCAAGUUCACGGUGGUUACGAUAUACAAUAAGCGUCGCAAGGCGGACCUCGAGGAUUGCUGCUCCACUUCGAAUCCCAAGAAAGCCAAACUUGAUAAGAAGGAUACUAGUGUGUGGACCACUGGCCUUGACAAGUAUGCUACGAACACUGACUGGCUACUGCGAGAUGGCGCCGAGGCCAACGCCAAGCUCAAGAUCCUGACGGUGGACAUCAAGACUGGGAAGGUGUACAAAGAAGCCAUCAGACGCCAACAGAAGAUAGAUGUUAUCAAUGAUGCCAUCUGCGCUGCGCAAUCAAUGACGAAACCUGCUGGUGCUGCUUCUGGGCGCAAUGCCGGGAAGAAGACGAAGGCUGGUGCAGGUGGGAUCGAACGUUUGUUCGCAGAGGCGAAAGAGGAGCCGACUGAGCAGUCCGAGCAACAACCUGACGAGGAGGCAGCACUGACCGACGGCGACAAGAAGGAUGAGCAAGCAGUUGUGCCCGCGGCAUCCCGAAGGAGAGGAGGCGGCAAGAAGGCUUCGACCACCACCGCAGUGGAGAUGAAGCAUAUGGAGACGGUUAAGGCUCUCAAGACCGCCAAAGAUAUGCCAAUCACGUGGUUCGAGGACAUGUGGGUCGGGAUGUCAGCGGCCAUCGACGAUGGCCUUGGAUCGGCCGCUUUCCACGGAGACGAGCAGAGGAAAGACCCGUCCACCGUGCAAGCUGUUGACAAGGUGACUUUCAACGAGUUGAAGAAAACCCUGUCUGGAUGGUCUGCUGUGCGUGCUGAGGCCAAGAAAACUGCCGCGCAGAUUGUGCUCUCUAGCCGGUGCGCGUCGAAGAGUACCGUGGAUGCUGGGUGCGCUGCCAUGUCUGACGAAUCGAAGCUCAACAGUGCAGAGAAGCAAUUGAAUUCGGUCUUCUCGGAUGACACCUUCACCGAACAUAUCUCAGAUUUCUUGAGCAACAAUCCCUGCGAGGUCGACAUGUUUGUGAACCACUUACCAUGCUUCGCGGCGCUGAUGACUGCUGCCUGGAAAUCGUUCGAGUCGUAUGCCAAGGCAUCCAUGCCAACCAAGAAGGAUAAGGAUAAGCCACACCUGUUGGACGUUGGCUCUGUGAUGACUUGGGUUAUGGAGGGUUUCAGCCAGUGUAGCCAGGACUGCGCAGCUCUUGGAGACAAGUUCCUCAUCCCAGCGAAAGAUCUCGCUGUCGUUUGGGCUAACCCUGAGCAGUACGGUGAUUUCGUCGUCCCGGAGGCAGCCACUGCUAUAUUUCCAGAUAUGAUCUCCAUCGAGAAUUACCUUCUGUGCCGCGGGAAGUGCGUCAUCGAGCUUAUGACAGCAUUGCUUAUUCGGUGCCAGUCCCGCGGGAUUGUCUGGACUGUCAAUUCAGCUGCGAUUCCGAAGGAAAAGGUCUCUACGGCAGUCCAGAUCCUGAAGCAAGAGAGCCAGUCGAAGUCUGUCCUAUUUCAUAUGGACUGUCGGUGUAUUGGCCUGGGGCGUGAUAAAUGGCAGAACACAUGGAAUUCAACCUGCAGUCUGUUAUUCGAGGCUGUCUUGCACAAGUCGGUCACGGCGGAGUCUGAACAGCUGGACACAAUCAUUAACGACAUUUGCGUGGCAGCACAAACUCUCUGGGGAGUGCAGCAGGCGUCGCAGGCUGCCCAAGAGGCCUUCGACAAGGAAGUUGAGAAUGCAGGCGCGGUCGAGGCUGUGGCUGCCUCUGAUGCAAUUGUCGCCGCAGGCACUGCGAGUGAGCCUAAGCAGUCUUGCCCCGCGAGCGGUGGUGGUCCUGGUCUUACUACUUUGGGCACUCUUGGCGAGGUGAUUCGCUACCAGGACUCGUCCCUCUACGCUGACGCUGGCGAUGGGCCAACUGGAUCAGCUCUCCGUUCCACUCAGGUCGCCAAGAAUGCUGGCAAUAUUGAGAAGUUUGGUAUCUUCAAGGUUCCAGCUCGUGAGGUGACAGCCGCCUUUGUGAAGCAGGUUUGCCUGGCUGUCGAGGGCCAGCUGUUCAACCUCGCAUUCGCCCCUAACUGCAAGAGUGAGUCAUCGUGCCGUAUCGAUGUUACGUUUGCUUCAUCAGUUUCGAAAAAGGGUAGCAAUUCUGGCAUCAGUUCAAUCAAAAUGGUGAGCGAAAAGAAGAUUGUCAAGGAGUCUACUACUGACCUGCCUGAGGACACUUGGGCCCCGAAGAUGUUCUUUGCAGGUACUGUGACGACCACCCCUACAAUGAAACAAUCCUUCCACAUCAUGACUAUUUGUGGGGUCGAUGUCUCUAACUCCAAGGAGCUGACCGCAGACAAUGUCAUGGCCGCAUGCGAGAGCGGCUCCGAUACGAUGAUCCAGAUCCCGUUGUACGUAGGGUACGAUGAGACGCAGCACGGCAUCGUGAGCGACUGCCCGAUCCCGGCGUGGAUGGUCACCGCGAUUGACGCGACGACGGCUACCACCACAGCCGCGCCCAAGAGGAAGUCCAAGGCCAAACCCCCUCCUCCUGUUAAGUCACCCGAGCUACCGCAGGCACCGCUGACGGUUGCGUUUCAGAAUGUCGUGUUCGACUUGCCUAGCUGGUUGCACGUUGGCAACAUCAAGGAGUGCCGCGCGUGCCUGCCAUGCCUAGUUGCUUCUGGUGCGAGCUCGAACCCUCCAGUCGAGCUGUGGCGCUACCUCCUCCCCGACGAGAAGGUCAAGCCUACCGCCCGUGGCCAGGCAAACCAGACAGCAACCGAUGCUGCGGGAGCGUCGGCGCUGCUCGGUGGCAACGCGCUGGCCAACUCCAAGAAGGCCAGCCACGCUGCCGCCGACGGUCAGGGAGAGCAGGACGCUGGACAGGACGCCGGCGAGGUCGGCGAGGAGAAUCUCCGGUGCACGGAGAUCGCGACGCUGUGGUACAGGAGCAUCUCUGCCAUGAAGGGCGACCUCAAGGCCAACGACGCGGAGGCCCUCUCGAAGCACGAGCGUUGCAAGAACGGCGUCGAGCGCAGGGCGUUUCUCGUCAGCGACGUCAUCGACCUCGAGAGUGCAAGUACGAGCGAGUUCAACCAAUACGACGCGCAUGCGAAGAUAGCGGUGAACCUGCAGGAACGAGCACAUGAAAGCACAUUGCCGGCGGCGGCCUGCGUCAAGCAGUGCAGGGUGCACAAGACAAAGGAGAUCAGCUCCACGGGCACGGUCGACAAGGACGUGUUUGAGCAGUCUUCGAAGAUGAAGUAA